GCUUUUCUGAUGAAAUCUCUCCGCUUUAGCUCAGCGGCUAGGGAACAAAACGGCGACGUCAACGAGUCUAAACACCAAGUAUUUCCAUUUAAAACGAGAUAAAAGUGAAACCACUUGUUUUGUAACUCGUAAGGACCCCGCUUUGACUCGGUUUUGAUGUUCCUGACGUUUUUUCUCCAACAAAAAUACAGUAUUUUCUUUCGAAAAACGCGGCAGCCGGGCUAGAUUGAGGUGACUGAAGACUUGACAGUUGAAGAACCGACGCUCGCUUCCACUCAAACGUCAAAAUGGCUUUUGUUUCAAGCUUUCCUUUGGAGUAUACCAGCCUGUCUUACUCGUACACCACCUGCGAAUGCCUUUCCUUUCCUUCUGCUGCUUCUACAGUCCCUUCAACCCGAAAUAAUUGGUGUUCUUUUCCUCAGGACGGCACAGUUGGCGUUAACACUGCGGUCAAUAUGGACGCCAAAGCUAUUAGCGCGAGCCGGCAUGGACUCAUCACAGUCUAAACGACAUGGACUCUUUCAUUUACCCCAGAAAAUAUUCAUCUGUAAGUUACUCAUGGAUGGUGUUAAGGGCUGGAAGAAAUGAGAAAACGGAGUGUUUUGGUUUUUCGUAGCUAACAUUUAGCCAUAUAGUAACGUUAAAGCCUGAUACUAGCUGCGUUAGCCAGCUAAGCCGUAUAAGGAUAUAUUUGUUGUAUUAGAAAAUGUUCUGUAUAUUAUCAUAAUUCUGAGACAUUUAAACGACAUUCGAAGCCGCAGCACUUUUAUGCAAAUUAAGUCACAGUUAACAGUGUGUUUAACGAGACACUUCUUAAGGAAGUAAAUUAAUUUGUUAGUUUUCUAUUUGCGAUAAGUUUAUGUAGUUCAUCGCAUUUCAUAUUUUUCAUAAGUAUGAGCACACAUGAACACUUUCCUCAAGGGGACACGCGGCCCGCGCGUGGCGGUGACGAGCGCACUGACAGCUCGUGGAUAAGCGUGUUCUCGGUGGUCUCCAGGCCUGCCUGGUCUUUCCUGCAGAGAUAUUUCCCGGGAAGAGCCCAAACUUCAUUUGAAAUGAAUUCAAAUCUAGAUAUUGGAAACUCUCUGGCCCCUUUGAGAGUUGAAUAUCUCCACUGCCAGCAUGAAAACGCGGCGCAUGCGUCCUCCAGAGAUCGGGGGACUCUAGUCUGGUUCACGCACGAUUCGUUGAGCGAACUGGGAAUUCAAAACACCUCCCAGCAAGAGUUUAAUCUCCAAAAGCAGGCAUCGGUCGGAUACCUCGGAACGGCGAGAAACUUGCUCAGCCAGGUGUUAAUGAACACUCCGGAAAAAAGGCGCGCGAAACCAGAAAGCGGAUGCGUUUUGUGCCCGGAUACCGUGCGAUCCUCUAACAGAUGGUGGAGGGGUGAAUUUGGGGAGGCUGAUGACAAACCUCAAUACUUGCUGCUAAAUGUAGCACAAAGCAGAAAAGAGACUGACACUAGCUGGCAGCAUUGUGAAGAACAUCACAGUGUCGGCUAUUGUCAGAGCCGCUUGACUGCGGCCGUUGCCAUGACGAACGAUCUGUGUGUAUGUAGCAAUGAUGAGCCAUCAAUGCACAACGAAAGCACUGGUCCCUUGUGCUCCAAAGAGCUGACCCACAAUGCAAGCCUGCACAUGCCCAAACCGGAAUCCCUUCCCAACUCAUACCAGCUUCCAUUAGAUGUUAAACAGCAACUUCUAGUUUGUAGUAGAGCCUAUAAUGAUGUGGCAGUUCUGACCCCUGACCAAGAUAAUGGCUACUCCAGCUUGGAGGAAGAACACUCAAAUAGUAAACUUCACAUGAAGCUGCUUUCCAAGGAACAGGAGGUGUCGGAAACAGCCGAAGACAACCCAUCUCAGAGUAACACUACAGAGAGUGACUGUCAUAGUGAACCUGUCAUUUGUGAGGAGGAAAUUAAGGAAAGUGAACAAGAGGAAUCUGAGAAGACUACAAAAGCAGUUCCGGCUGCUGAAAACGGUCAGUUUUUGGCCACGCCUCAAUGUCAAAACAAGGUAAUUGCUUACAUCAUGGGCAGCCCUUGCAGUGGCGAAUCUGAAUCGGAGGAUGAUGGCGAUUGGGACAGUGAUGACGAUGAUGGCUUUGACAGUGUAGGCUCAUCCCACUUCUCAGAGUCUGAGGACCUGGAUGACAGCGACGAUGAAUCUGAGCAAGACUCGGAUGGAGAGGAGGCCGACUCCGAGACCGAGAGGCUGUGGAAUUCUCUGUGCCAAAACGGGGAUCCUUAUAACCCGAGGAACUUCAGAGCUCCUAUAAGGACAGCCUCCAAGCCAAGCCCUGUGUCCACAGACUCCUCGGUCUCCGAGUCUCCACCAGCGCGCAUGUCCUCCCAGCAUCCUCCGCCUCCGUCGUCGCCCUCGCUCUCAGAGAACGAGUCGAGUGAAGACACCUGUGAGAUGGAUGAGGAAGAGAAUCAGAGACUCUGGAACUCCUUUAGCUGCUCAGCAGACCCCUACAGCCUCUACAACUUCCAGGCCUCUAUUCAGACUCAGAAAACCCUCAAAGUCACCUGCAAGGAGAAGGCGCCUGGAACGCCACACUACAAGAGAGAGGAGGCUGAGGACCGGCUGGACAGCGGAUUCUCAGAGAUUUCCCCUAUGCCGUGCUCAAGCAGUGCCACAGUUGUUCAGCUGAGGAAGGUGACAUUUAUGGAAGAGGUCGAGGAGUUCUAUGCCAGCAGCGAUGAGGACCGCCAUGGGCCCUGGGAGGAAAUUGCCCGGGACCGCUGUCGUUUUCAGCGCCGUGUACAGGAAGUUGAAGAGACUAUCAGCUACUGCCUUGCUCCUACUUUCCGCCUGGACAUUUUUCAUAGGCUCUACAGUGCUAGCUAAUCAAAAGCUUUGUUUGUUGUUUGGCGGUAAGUGUAAACGAUGAAUAAAAAUAAUAUAUAUCUAUAUAUAUAUAUAUAUAUCAAUAGUUUAAUUCAGGGCAUCAGGAGGCCCUUAAAUGUUCAAAGGGCUCACAAUUCACAAAUCCAAGGAACUCCAUGGUUCCUGCCAGGGAAAGUCACCUCACUCGAGUCGUGCUGAAAUGUUUUGUGCUGAUUGUCGUGUGGAUUUUGGAAAUAUGCAUUUUGUUUUUCUUUCAUGAAAGUCACAUUGUCCUUUUUAGCCCUUAUUACAAUAGUUAAACUUAAAGGAGAAAAACAGAGUUUAACACAUGUUUGAACGCAGGAUUCCCACUCAGUGCCGAACACUAAAAGUUUCAAAAUUACAAUUGCAUCUACUUCAGAGUUUUUUUUGUUUUUGUUUUUCUCAUGCCUGUUGGAAAGUUGAUUUAAUGAUUAUUUGACUUGUUUUAGUGAUGCACGAACAGUACACACAAGUGCACUAACUCCACCUCACAAGGUGACACUAAAUUGAUGUUUCCCUUAGAACUGUAUUAGUGCGAAAGUAUUCUGGAGGGAAAGUGGUUAGCUUUCCAGUCCCUGUUGUUUUCGUCUUGCAGGCCUUCUUACAAACUCAAAGCCAAAGAUAACGUUCUUCUGCUCUGCAAAGGAUUCAUGAAACCGGGUCUCAGUGUUUCAUGCUACAGGGCGCACCAGGUGAACAAUACCCAAGAGUAAUCACACUCAUUACCCGCAUUAAACCUAGUGGUAUUUUGCUGGAGCUGAGCAAUGCUUUUAUCAGUGUCUGUUCCUGUGUUUGAGUGGAGGUAUAUGGACGUGGGCCUUAGUGCAAUGUAUUCGCAUGAUCCUGAAUGGAAAGAUGUUCUUUUCCCCAUCACUAUUUAGUGGACACAACCAAUUAUCUUAAUCUGUGGAAAUCGCUGUCGUGUAAUGGGGUUUUUCUCUGUGCUUUGAACUGUGGCAGCUGUGACUAACAUAGUAAAAUCUUGACUAUAAAGGUGAAAUGCAGGGACAAAAUGCAUGGUUUUGAUCUGAUAUAUAAUAUGCUUGAUGUUGAAGCAUAAAGGUAAUUUGUUAAUCAGUAUAACAUUAAAGCAUUUUAUUUUUGUAAUACAUUUUAGCAUUUCAGCAUCUGUUAUGGCGUUUGUGAUGAAAGGCUAGUCAUAAUUUAAUUAACAAUCAAUAAAAGGUAAAGCCGAAAAAAUGA